AUGAAGUUCCUUGUAUAUCUGUUGUUGAGUAGCCUUUCUGUUGCCUUGGUUCUGGCAUUUCCUGAUAACCACAAUGCAGUUGAUGCUUUGCCAGCUAUUGGCCGUCAUGCUAAUGCAAUUACCAACAAUCGAGAGGGAGGCGCCACCACAUCAGCGCAGACUAAUCAGAUACGUGAACCACGUCAUCUUCUGAAGAAGCUGUUUCAACCACAGGUGGUGGUGCAACCAGUUUUGAUACAACCACCGCAAUAUUACCCACAACCGCAUCCCUACUCUGGCUCUGGUCGAGGCUAUAAUGGUAACUUUAAUUACGGGGUUGGCAAUAGCUUUCAGCGUUGGUAGUAAAUACUUCCAAUAUAAUUGCUGCUUAAAAAUGUAAUAAAAUAAAAUAAAAUAAACGUCUUAAAGCAAA